CAAUCUUUGGGCAUUGCCAAAACAGGUUAACUAAAAGCAAACGUGUUCUUUGCGUUUGCAAACGCAAAAGCGCUAAAAUUAUUUACACAUAGCAGCAGCAACAACAACAUUGUUUACAUUUUGUGUGGCACUUUAGGCAACCAACUUUAAGAACUCAGUGAGCGCACAGCUGCAUAACAACAUGGACGCCAUUGCCGAGGGAGUGCCGCCAACGGCACCAGCAGCAGCAGCAACAGCAGCAACGACAACUGCUGCGUCUGCCACUGCUGCAACAACAGUCGACCUGGACCUGGCCGCACGUCGUCGACUCUUCAUGUCGCAGCCAUCGACGCUGGCGUCGCGUCGCCAACAGGCGGUGUGUGUACGCCGGGCUCACAAGAUGUACGGCAGCAGCAAGAAUCCAAAUAUUAUACUGGAUGGCCUAAAUAUGACAGUGCCCAAGGGCUCCAUCUAUGGACUGCUGGGUGCCUCUGGCUGUGGCAAGACAACGCUGCUCAGCUGCAUUGUGGGCCGGCGGCGUCUGAAUUCAGGCGAAAUUUGGGUGCUUGGCGGACGGCCGGGCUCGCGUGGUUCCGGCGUGCCGGGUCCACGAAUUGGCUACAUGCCACAGGAAAUUGCGCUUUAUGGCGAGUUCACAAUGCGCGAGACUUUAAUCUACUUUGGGCUGAUUGCUGCGAUGCCACGCGGCGACAUCGAGGAUCGCACCGAGUUUCUGCUCAAAUUGCUCAAUUUGCCGAAUGGCUCGAAAUUCGUCAAGAAUCUGAGCGGCGGCCAGCAGCGACGCAUGAGUUUGGCUGUUGCGCUGCUGCACGAACCCGAGCUGCUCAUAUUGGAUGAGCCGACAGUGGGCGUGGAUCCAGUGCUGCGACAGAGCAUUUGGGAUCAUUUGGUGGACAUAACUAAGAAUGGACAUACAACUGUGAUAAUCACCACACAUUACAUCGACGAAUGUGCUCAGGCGCAUGUGAUUGGACUGCUGCGCGGUGGCAAAAUGUUAGCCGAGGAGUCGCCAACUUAUCUGCGUCAGCAAUAUAAUGCAGAUUCACUCGAAGCUGUAUUCUUGAAGCUUUCUGUAAUGCAGAACAUGGGCAAGCGACGACGCUCAUCCAUAGCGCAGGAGAUCGUGGAGCAGGUAACAGUGCCUGCAAUUUCGAAUCCAGCGCUGGACAUGUCCGAUGAGCAGCAUGCGGCUGAAAUCAGCGGCGAGUUUGGCGACAACAUAUCGAUGAGCUCAGCGGUGCGCGAUCCCAUUAGCAGCGUAGCGCCUGUGGCGCCGCCGCUGCCACCAGCACAGGAAAUACCCGCAUCCUUUUUAUACAACAUGCAUGUAAUGCAAUCGCAUCAUUUGCAUGCGCUCAUUUGGAAAAACUUUCUAUGGAUGAUACGCAAUGUGGGCAUAAUGCUGUUCAUUGUGGGUCUGCCAGUGGUGCAGAUAAUUCUCUUCUGUUAUGCAAUUGGCCAUGACCCAACUGGACUGCGAGUUGCUGUGGCGAAUCACGAGAUGUCUGAGGAAAUGAUUACGCAACAGCUUUGUCCCGUGUACACCGGAUGCAAUCAGACCAUGAUGAGCUGCCGUUAUUUCGAUAGGCUGGCCAAGAACAAGAGCAUGGUUGUGCAUUAUGUGCACGACGAUGAGACUGCCUAUGAGGAAGUGCGUCGAGGCCGCGCCUGGGCAGCGCUGGUAGUGCGGCCCAACUAUACGGAGUCGCUGCUGGAACGUGUUGAAGCUGGACGCUCUGUUGACGACGGCACUGUGGAGGCCUCUGACCUGGACGUGCGCAUGGAUUGGUCCAAUCAACAGAUAUCGCAGCUGCUUUAUCGCGAUUUGCAGUACUCGUACUUUCACUUUGUCGAGGACAUGCUGAGCCAGUGCAAUGAGAACUCCAAGCUUGGACACGUGCCUGUCAACUGGCAGGACCCCAUUUACGGCUAUCGCGAUCCCAAUUUCACAGACUUUGCCGCACCCGGCGUCAUACUGACCAUUAUAUUCUUUUUGUCGGUGGCCAUCACCUCGGGCGCCAUGUUAAUUGAACGCAACGAGGGCAUGCUGGAGCGUUGCCUGGUCGCGGGCAUUACCGGACCCGAGAUACUGCUCGCCCAGGUGGUGACGCAGUUCACCGUGAUGCUGAGCCAAACGGUCUUUGUGCUGCUCGUCAGCUUCUACUUCUUCGAGCUGACAAUGGUGGGCGACAUCUGGCUGGUCGUAGCGCUUUGCAUACUGAACGGCCUUUGCGGCAUGACCUUUGGCUUUGUCAUCUCCUGUGCCGUGGACACGGAGCGCACCGCCACCUACGUGGCCAUGGGCUCGUUCCUGCCCAUUGUUAUGCUCUGCGGCAUUAUUUGGCCCAUUGAGGGCAUGUAUCCGCUGCUGCAGAUUAUCACAGCGUUCUUGCCGCUCACCAAGCCCACAGAGUCGAUGCGCUCGAUAUUGCAGCGCGGCUGGGGCAUGGAGAAUCCCGUUGUCUACAACGGCUUUAUAUCCAUAUCCAGUUGGGUGCUGGUCUUCCUGGUGCUCACCAUACUGUUGCUCAAAUUCAAGAAGGGCUAGGCCUUGCUCUUAGUCUUAUGAUUUUACUAGGUUAUAAGGGUAGUGCCUUAGCGCUGAGCUGUCUCGAGUAGAAUGUAUUAGUGUAGCUUUAAGGUUCCGGAUGUCAAUAGUUGUGCCUUGUAUACAUUAAGCACACACACACACACACACAUAUUAACGCUGGUCAAUAUAUAGCAAACAAGCAGCUAACUAGCUUUAG